UUUCAUUUUAAACAUUUUGGUCCAACUCUAGUCCAACAGAUCUCUUCUUCCCAUCUUAUUCUCCAUCCUAAAACCCUAACAAUGGAACCAGACCCCCAAACCCUAACCCAAUUCCACAUCCUCCCACAACCCACCUACGUCGACUCCCUCCGCUUCCUCCCCCCUCUCUCCGCCUUCGACCGCCACAUCGCCGUCGCCUCCUUCAACUCCGACACCUCCACACCCACCCUCACCCUCAACUCCAUAACCCCACCAACCCCCACAACCCCACCAACCCUAACCCCGCAAUCCUCCUUCACACCCUCCUCCCGAAUCACCUCCUUAAAAACCACCCAAACCCCCCAACAAAACCCUCUAAUCGCCGCCUCAACCGCUACAGGAUCCGUACACAUUCUGUUCCCGAACCCUGUUGAUGGGUCGUUUGAGUCUGAGGUUUCGGUGCCGGAUAAUGUUUUGCAUUUGGGGAGAAUAACGUGUUUGGAUUUGUUGGAAAGUGGGUUGGAGUGUGUGAGUGUUGGGGAGGAUGGGAGGGUGAAUGUGAUUAGUGUUGGUGAUUCGGGUUUGGAUUAUCGGAGGGUGGUUGAUGGGAAAGGCUUGGUUUCGUAUAGUGCGGUCAGGUGGGCGUCCCCGAUGGAGUUUGCUACGGGUGGGUUGGGGAAUUGUGUUCAGUGGUGGGAUUUGAGGAGGGGUGGCGCGCCCGUUUCGCAGUUUAAGGGGAAUUGGGGUCAAGGAGCUACUUCCGGGAUUAUCCAUUCUAUUGAUAUCCAUCCAUCACGAAAGCACACCUGUUUGGCAGGAGGCUCGAAUGGUAAUGUAUUUGCAUGGGAUCUUAGGAGGCCACAACAGCCAAUAGUUCUUUCAGGAGUGGAUAAUGGUGAGACAGCAACAUGUAUAUCUGAAAGUGACGUGUGGGAGGUUCAAUACGACACCUUUAUGAGUGCUUCGGAUCAUGCUAAACUAUCAUCCAUAGGAGUCUUGCCUGCUAUGAUUUGCUCAGAAGAUGGGAUGCUUGCUGUCAUUAAACAAGGUGAAGAGCCUAUUGAAUUACUGGCUGAAAAUUGUGCCAUUAAUUGCUUUGACAUUGAUCGACACAACCCCUCGGAUGUGAUAUGCGGUUUGGAAUGGGAAUCCAUUGCUUUGUUGACGCGGGCAUAGCUUUAUACGAAGUUUGAUGCUUAUGAAGCUGGAGACAGUUUCCGGUCACUGUUGUCAACUAAUAGAUCUGUUUUUUUUUUUUUUUGUACCGAAUAGUUGUUGGCAUAGCUGAAUAUAGGCAAAAGUGAAACAUGCUUCAUCUCAAAAUGACUUGCUUUUGAAGACUGUACAAGAACGCGCACGUCAUUUGUUUCGGGUAUCGGCAUUGAAUGACCUAAAUGGAAUAAUUAUGAAACUUUGUUAUUAUCUAGAUUUUUUUUAA